AUGGAUAUUAAUUCAGAAAGUCAAUAUUGAUUAAAGUGUAUAUUUUUUUAAAACUUUAUUGAAUAUUCUUUAUUAAAUGAUCUUUAUUGAAUAUUUAGUGUAAUUAUUUAAACAUUUAAAUUUAGAGUGUCAAAAUUUUAAUGAUCUUUUAAUGGUAUAUAUUACCAAGGUCAUAGUUUUAAGUAUAUUUUAUCUAUACAUACAUAUGUACUAUAUCUUUGAAAUUAUACAUCGUAUUUAGGAAAAUUUAGGAUAAGUUGACUACAAGUCAAACUCAAAUUUUAUUUCAAUGUAACAAUACGACAAAUUACUAAUGCUGAAAAAUCUUUCUAUAUGAAUUAUGUAAAUCUAUAUAAUUUAUUUAUUACUUAAUUUAUACAUUUAAGAAUAAUAAUACAAUUGAAAUAUGUACAUUGGCAUUUAACAUUAAUUCAUACGUGUACGUAUGGUACACAUACAAUAAUAUAUUUCAAAACGUCGCCCAUUCUUUAAUAUCAUUUAAUUCAUGGUUUGUGUCUUUCGUCAUGCCACACCUAUUAUUUCUCGUCAAUUUGUUGAAAUGACAAAGGCCAGAAUAGAGGGUUUACUUGCCGCAUUUCCAAAGUUAAUGAGUUCUGGCAAACAACAUACAUUUGUUGAGACAGAAUCUGUGAGAUAUGUUUAUCAACCAUUGGAAAAAGUAUAUAUGCUACUAAUCACAACAAAAGCUAGUAAUAUAUUGGAAGAUUUAGAAACAUUGAGGCUUUUUGCGAGAGUUAUUCCAGAAUAUUGCAAUUCAAUGGAUGAACUUGAAAUAGCUGAAAAUGCAUUCAAUUUGAUAUUUGCAUUUGAUGAAAUAGUUGCAUUAGGAUAUAGAGAAAGUGUUAAUUUAGCACAGAUUAGAACAUUUGUAGAGAUGGAUUCACACGAAGAAAAAGUUUAUCAAGCUGUAAGAAUGACUCAAGAAAGAGAAGCCAGAAAUAAAAUGCGUGAGAAAGCAAAAGAAUUACAAAGGCAAAGAAUGGAAGCAGUUAAAAAAACUGGUCUUAAAAGUCCUGGAUUUGGUAAUUCUUAUGGCAGUGGUAACUUUACACCAACACUUAGUGUGAGAGAUACUACUAAUUUUGUACCAGAAACAGUUAGACCUUCAUAUACACCGACACAAAAGCCUGUUAAUGCUGGUCCAGGAGCAAUGAAAUUAGGGGGAAAAUCUCGUGAUGUUGAUUCAUUUGUAGAUCAGUUAAAGGAAGAAGGAGAAAAUGUUGUAACAACACCUUUGCCUACAACAGGAGCAAAACCAACAUCACUUACACCACAGAUAAUUAAUACUGAACCAGUUCACUUGCGACAGGAAGAACGUCUUAAUGUAAGAAUUGGUCGAGAUGGUGGCUUACAACACUUUGAACUCCAUGGUUUAGUAACGUUACAUAUUUCGGAUGAAAAAUGGGGUCGAAUCCGUGUACAAUUAGAAAACAGAGAUUCAAGAGGAAUUCAAUUGCAAACACAUCCAAAUGUAGAUAAAGAAUUAUUCAGAACACGUGGCCAAAUAGGUUUAAAAAUUCCUACAAAACCGUUUCCAUUGAAUACCGAUGUUGGAGUGUUAAAAUGGCGAUUACAAGCUCAAGAUGAGACAGCAUUACCUAUUUCAAUUAAUUGUUGGCCAUCUGAAAACGGAGAAGGUGGAUGUGAUGUGAACAUAGAAUAUGAACUAGAACAAUUUAAUCUGGAAUUAAAUGAUGUUCAAAUAAACAUUCCAUUACCUAUAGGAUGUAAUCCUAUAGUAAGUGAAUGCGAUGGUCAGUAUACUCAUGAAACACGACGAAAUACGCUUGUAUGGUCUUUACCAGUAGUUGAUGCAACAACCAAAUCAGGUUCAAUGGAAUUCUCAGCACCUUCAUCUACUCCUGCAGACUUCUUCCCUCUUCUUGUUUCAUUCUCAUCUAAGACGUCUUAUGUUGAUAUCAAAUGUGUACAAAAAUACAGAAUUAGCACUUCCAUUGGAAUUCUGAAGAUAAAGAGUUUCAACUUAUUUGUCAUUCAGGUUACAAUUUUAUUGUUACACGUUAUUUUUACCAAUGGAUGCUUGAAUGUAUUUCAAGUAAUUUACACACACUUAUUGAACAAUUUGUUCAAUCUAGUAUAUGUCUAAUGUUAAACUAUUGAAGAAAAAUGUAUACAGAUAUUUUAUAAUUAGUAAAGAAAGACUACUAAAGUUUUAUGAACACUUACUAUCGACAUACAAAAACUAUAUUAUAUUAGUUUUAUUUAAAUUUUUUCAAAUUAUUUCUUUACAAGAUUUGUAUAGUUGCAAAAAUUUUUAGUAAAACAGGAAUUUACUUAUUAAAUAUGAGAUAUAUACAUGUGUUUUUUCAUAUAGACAAAUAUACACAUAACACGUAGAUAUAAUUACAAAGAAAUAACAUAAACAUAAUCUAUAGGUUUUUAAUAAAAUAUUAAUUUACUAUUAUAUUUGCAUUCAUUUAUCUUUGUUAUUUUCUUUUUAAUAGCAUUAUUAGAGGCAUCUAAUGUCUGGAUAUUUUUUAUCCUUGAAAAUGCAAAAAUAUUUUCUUAUUUUCAGGAAUAGUACUAUACAUUUUUGCAAAUUUUAA